GCUGGCUUAACAUGUCGUUAGCUGUCCCUCGAAGGACUUUAACUAGCUGUAAAGAGCCUGGCGCCAUCUGGCGUUCUUCUGCAGAAUUACUUACACUAUUUUUUAUGCACUAGUACAUAAGGUACAGUUGAAAAGAACAAACCGAUACGUGAUCAUAACACAACUGUGCACGCGUUAUUUUGUAUGAUUAUCAAUAUUUGGCAAUAUAAGCUUUGUAUAGUAACUGAUAUGCAUUUAUUAUAUAUUAAACAUUUUAUGAAUUGUAUUUCGAUUUAUAAGAAAUGUAACACAUCAAUAACGUUUCAGUAAAAUACGAUUUUACUAAUGAGUGAUUGUUUAAGUGUUAUUUGUAAUAAUACGUGAAUUUAUUCAUUGAAUACAAUGUCUAAUGCAACAAGUGGCAAGAACUUAUUACGACCAAAUGGACUACAGUGUAAAAAUUUACAUGAAUAUUUAAAAUCUCGUCCUCCCGAUAUAUUGAAUAAAUUGUAUCACAAACCGCCUAUUUGUUUGGCGGUGUUCCGCGAAUUACCUAUAAUCGCCAAGCAUUAUGUUAUGAGAUUGCUGUUUGUUGAACAACCGGUGCCACAAGCAGUCAUAGCUUCAUGGUGUUCAAAACUGUAUUUUGAAGAACAUCAGAAAGUGGUGCAAAUUUUAAACGAGCUGUACGUAUGGAAAGAAGCAUCUAUACCAGGUGGAUUACCAGGUUGGAUUUUAAACAAUACCUUCAAGAAGAACUUGAAAAUUGUUUUGUUGGGAGGUGGGAGACCAUGGACCAUGUCAAAUCAAUUGGAAACUGAUAGUAAGCCGAGAGAUGUUGCUUUCUUGGAUUCAUAUGCACUAGAGAGAUGGGAGUGUGUUUUACACUACAUGGUUGGUUCUCAACAGCAAGAAGGUAUAUCUGCAGAUGCUGUCCGAAUUUUAUUGCAUGCUGGUUUGAUGAAGAGAGAUGAAACUGAUGGAAGCCCAAUUAUAACACAAGCUGGUUUUCAAUUCUUACUUUUAGAUACAGCCUCGCAGGUAUGGUACUUUAUUUUGCAAUAUCUUGACACAAUUGAGGCACGUGGUCUUGAUUUAAUAGAAUGCCUUACUUUCUUAUUUCAAUUAAAUUUUUCCACCCUUGGUAAAGAUUAUAGUACUGAAGGUAUGUCUGAAGGUCUCUUAACAUUUUUACAACAUUUGAGAGAAUUUGGACUUGUGUACCAACGAAAACGCAAAGCAGGAAGGUUUUAUCCUACACGAUUAGCAUUGAAUAUAGCUACUGGUGAAACUAAACCAUUAACCAGAGAUACAGAUAAAGAAGGAUAUAUAGUUGUAGAAACAAAUUAUCGUGUAUAUGCAUAUACAAAUUCAAAUUUACAAGUUGCUUUACUUGGAUUGUUCUGCGAAAUGAUAUAUAGAUUUCCUAAUUUGGUUGUAUCUAUAUUAACCAGAGAUUCUGUAAGACAAGCAUUAAAAAGUGGGAUAACUGCUACUCAAAUAGUAGGUUACUUACAGCAACAUGCGCAUAGCAAAACAAUAGAAGCAGGACCACCUAUAUUACCCCCUACUAUUGUAGAUCAAAUCAUGCUAUGGGAAAAUGAAAGAAACAGAUUUUUGUUCAGUGAAGGAGUUUUAUACAGUCAAUUUCUCUCUCAAACAGACUUUGAAGUUCUUAGAGAUCAUGCACUUACAACUGGAGUAUUAAUUUGGCAAAACGAAAGGAAGAGAACUAUAGUAGUUACCAAAGCAGGUCAUGAUGAUAUAAAAAAGUUUUGGAAACGAUAUUCAAAAGGUUCAACUUAAUAUUCGAGCAAGAGAGUUGUAGCAACGAAGAAAAAUUUUACAAACACUACCAUUACAUUUUUUAGAGAUACUACAAAGAAAUUGUUUCAAAAAUAAAGUGCCUAAAAGAAUUGAAAAAUGUACCAUUCUCAAAAAGGACUAGCGAGAGAAAUUUUUUCUAAUAUCAAUGUCAAAAAAGACUUGUCUUUUUAUUUCUAUCAUAAAUUACAAUAUAAUUCUCAUAAAUCGAUAUAAUUUUCUUUCCCUUGAAGUAUGCCCUUAUUACAUCAAGUGUAAACACAACUGAUCAAUGCAUUGCUAUUGUUCACAACUUACUUAUAAGACACAUUUCAAUAUGAAUAAAAAGUGGCGUUUUUAUCCGAAUAUAAAUGCAGAAUGCAAAAUA